CCAGACGUGGAGGAGCUCCUGCGUUUCCUGCGGCCGCUCCACGAGGGCACCCUGGUGCUCGUGGCCUCCUACGACGACCCCGCCACCAAGCUGACGGACGAGAGCCGCCGCAUUUUCGGGGAGCUCGGCAGCGCCGUGGCCAAAGAUUUGGGGUUCAGGGACAGUUGGGUGUUCCUGGGGGCCAAGGGGGUGCAGGACAGGAGCCCCUUCGAGCAGCACGUCCGGAACAGCCGCGGCUCCAACAAAUACGAGGGGUGGCCGGAGGCGCUGGAGCUGGGGGGGUGCGUCCCCCAGAGACCCCCGGGGUGACCCCGGAACCGGGGGGACCCCAAAACCCGGGGGGACCCCAAAAUAUCGGGGGGACCCCAAAAAUGUCCGGGACCCCAAAAUGUACAGAGAUAAUAAAACCGACAAACCC